AUGACCGAAGAAGUAAACAAUUUGGGUAAUGACGAUCACCAAGGUCUGUUAACUGAACGGGACUCAGGGUCACCUGAGGAGGUGAGAAGGCUUAAACAACAAUUGGCCCAUGUGUAUCAAGCUUGGAUGACUGGUCAGCCUCCUCCUCCGCUACCCCAGGGUUUUUCAGAGGGCAUUCCUACCAUACCAGUUUCAACUCAAGCUCCCCCUGUCGAAACAAGUGACCCGCUUUGUCCCCCGGGAUUUUUCCCGGCAUAUAAUCUUCCCAACAUCGCUGGUACCUCCACUGUGCGACCUCCAGCCGGACCACCCAGAAAUACCCCUCUUGUCGUACCCGCUGCCACUGUCUACACAAUCCCGCAACCAUCUCCCGCAGUCAGGCCUCACCACGAGCCUCAGCCUAAUGUUUAUGAAGGCCAAUAUUACUCUCCAGAAAUGAUUUUCAGGGCCCCAGGACCGUACAAUCAUGCCACUCAAUAUGAUUCACCCAUUGAGAAUGAUAAGCUUAAUAGGAUGGGGGAGCAGGAUGAGAUAUCUAGAAAGGUCAAAAGUUUGGAGCAAGCCCUAAGGAACAUGCAGGGUACGGGAGGACCAAUGAAUGUGUCUUACAAACACUUGUGUUUAUUCCCUGAUAUCCAGCUGCCUGCCGGUUUCAAGAUGCCAAAGUUUGAAUUGUAUAACGGGCAUGGGGAUCCGGUAGCCCAUCUGAGGGGUUAUUGUAGCAAAAUGAGAGGGGCUGGCGGAAAAAAUGAAUUGUUAAUGGCUUAUUUUAGUCAAAGUUUGAGUGGGUCGGCCUCUGAAUGGUACACCCGUCAAGAUGCUAGCAAGUGGUACACAUGGGAUGACAUGGCUCAAGCUUUUGUCCGACAGUUUCAGUAUAACAUAGACAUUGUGCCAGAUCGUGUUUCCCUAACAAAGAUGACAAAGAAACCUAAUGAAACGUUCUGUGAGUAUGGGAUCAGAUGGAGGGAACAACUUGCUCGGGUCAAUCCACCUAUGCAGGAAAGUGAAAUGGUUGAUUAUUUUCUUCAAGCUCAGGAUCCCACAUACUUUAGUUAUCUAAUCACGGCUAUGGGUAGACCUUUCAAUGAGGUGGUGAAAAUGGGAGAAAUGGUAGAAGAGGGAAUCAAGUCGGGCCGGAUAUUGAGUUACUCUGCUUUAAAGGCAACUACACAAGCAAUUCAGAAUAGUUCAGGAAAUUUUAGGAUAAAAAAGGAAAAGGAUGAUAUAGCCAUGGUCGCGCAAGGACCAAGACAAGGCCCUAGGGGAUCAUCGUAUCAAUACACCCAAAACUAUUCUCAAGCUCCACCCCAACGUUAUUACCCCGUACAAGACCCGCAAUACUUUGCUGACCCACCUCAAUAUGUGGUCUACAACACACAGUCAUAUGACCGACCAUCAACCUACCGCCAAUGGCGAGCACCACAUCAAAACCCUCGUCAUCCUCCCCAGAAUUUUCAAGCACCUUAUAACCCUCGUCCAAGGCAGGAAUAUGGAGGGGAGCAAAGGCCUAGGGAUAAUUUCACGCCAAUUGGGGAGUCCUACGCAAGUUUGUUUGAGAAAUUGAAACAUUUGAAUAUGAUAGGUACUAUACCUCAAAAUUAUGCAGAUCCUCGUGCAAAAGGUUUCAACCCUACUGCACGAUGUGCAUACCAUUCUGAUGCCCCUGGGCACAGUACCGAAGAUUGUCGAACUUUGAAAAGAGAGGUGGAAAAGAUGAUCCAAGCAAAGAUGAUUGUGAUCCAAGAUAGUGACACCCCAAACAUCACUGAGAAUCCUUUACCAGCACAUAACGAUACACACUUUGUUGGGAUGAUCUGUGAUGAUAAAGAGUAUAGGGAAUUCUCCAAAUCAUUUAGCAAAUCAGUUGCAGAAUCUCCCAUAGUGACUCUGGAUCCCGAUAUGAAUGAGGGUUUGGUUAAAAGAGUGAAGAACCCCUUUGUUGAAGAAAAGACAACUGAAAUUGGUGGAGGUUCUGUUGAUUCUGAUAUGCAAAGUGGCUAG